AUGGUGAAGUGCAACAUAGGUCUUCCCGAAGAAUCAAAAGUCAGUCUGGCUAUUCAACAUCCAGAACAACUCUAUUAUUGUGUUAUUGUUGAUGAUCGUGAUAUUAGAAAACCGAUCAAGGUAAUAAAUACCGUUGGAGAUAAAUCUGUGUAUGUCUAUGUGGUGGUUGAAGAAGGCGUAUCGCGUAACGAAGUUGAUGAUAGAGGAAAGGCAUCUGCAGCGAAUUUAUCAAGUGGAAAAGGGAGCAACAACCCAAUAGGUAAUUUUAAAAGUCCAAGUAAAAGUCAAUAUCAUAGUGUUGCUGAAAAUGAAAAUGUAUUGCCAGAAUUAAUUAUGUAUGUUACACCAAAGAAUUAUAAGUAUAUAGGUGAUAAUGAUGUUGGUACAUAUGUUAAUGAUGUUGGCUAUGGUGAGUUUGCGGAUUGUGACAAGUUAGAUAUACCCGGCCUAGAGAGUGAUUCUAACAGAGAAGAAUUUGAUGAUGAACCUAAACUUAUUUAUUCAGAUACCAUGUUUCAUGGUAUGCCACCAUUGCCUUCAUGUCAUGUAAAUGAUAAUGUGAACAUUCCAUGUCAGAGGUUGGAUAUAAAUGAAAAGAUUAAGGUUCUAGACAUUUUUGAUGACAAAGAGUUACUCAAGCUUGCAAUUGGAACACAAUGCAUGGAACAAGGUAAGCAGUAUAGUACUACCAGAUCGAGCAAAUAG